ACCACUCCGAGUAUCUUUUGAAUUGUAAACAUAUUCUGUUUCAGCGCAUUUCGCGUUCAGCAACAGUUGAAGAUUUGGAAGGUAAAAGAUUCCCAGCCAAACCGAUAUUUACAAUGUCGCUCAAGUAUCAACAGAAACACCUGUUGGACGCUUUGAGUAUGAGAACGAUUGGGACAAGAGAAACUGACAUCAGAUACAUAAUAACCGUACCAGCUAUCUGGGAAAUAGCUGCCAAACAGUUCAUGAGAGAAGCAGCGAUUGAGGCUGGAAUCGAUGGCGCCCGUCUAAAAUUGGCCCUGGAACCCGAGGCAGCCACGGUCUGUUGUGAGGACCUCGGUCACACGUUAUUGGGACAAAAGUUCAUGGUCGUCGACUUAGGAGGUAGAACUGCUGACAUAUCUGUCCACGAAAAACAAAGUGAUUGCUCACUGACGAAUAUUCAUGCCCCUAGCGGCGGUCCUUGGGGCGGAAUAUAUGUCGAUGCAAACUUCAUAGCGUUUAUGGAAGAAGUAUAUGGGACAUUGGCCAUAAAUGCCUUGCAAAGUAAAGACAUGUACGAUUACUUUGAUAUCAUUCGUGACUUUGAGGUAAAGAAGAGGAAAUUCGAGUUUGAUUCUCAGACCGACCUUACAUUUCGCAUACCAGUGGUACUCAAGGAAACUGCUGAGGAGCAGUGUCAUAAAUCUUUAUCCGACCGACUGGAAUCUUUGAAAUACGGUAAACGAGUUUUCAUAAAAGGAAGAGAUAAACUUAGUGUCGACUCGUCAAUCAUGCAAAGUUGGUUCACAGAGCCGGUGUCCAAGACAGUGAACCACAUAAGCCGUGUUCUUGAAGAAGAACGAAUGAAAGAUGUUGGUCUUAUCGUCUAA